AAUUUUGGCAAAAUGAACGAUUUGGUCAAGUUCGAGUCCUUCAUCCGCGUGCCGGAGAUUUUCUACGACAUGAUAGGCAUUGCGCGUUACGGUGAACCGCGCGACACAAUGAAGGCACGCCUGAAGCAGCUCUUUUUCUGGAGUUCAUACGCCAACACCAUCUUCUGUUUGAUAAUCGAACACAUCUAUUUUAUCAAAGCGGCGGGAAAUUUCACUAAUUUGCUCGAGCUAACCGCGCUGGCACCCUGCAUUGGAUUUACGGUGCUUUCGAUCGUGAAAAUUAUGACCGUUAAGAUGAACGAGGCAAAGUUGAACGGAAUCCUUGACCGAUUGAACGAACUGUUUCCAACAAGUCAACUCGACCAGAAACGAUAUCGGACCUAUCAGUACAACUUGGAAUCACAGGUCGUUAUGAAGUCGUUCUCGGUACUGUAUAUGAUUUUGAUUUGGAUUUUUAACCUGCUCCCGUUGGUGUCGAUGUUAGUCAACUAUGUGUCGAGAGAGGUGUUGGAAAAAGAGCUGCCCUACUUCAUGUGGUACUGGUAUGAUUGGAACACGGAAGGGUACUAUGAGCUAACAUUCCUCCACCAGGUUUGGGGUGGCUUCGAUUCGGCUGUGUUUAACCUGUGCACGGAUCUCAUGUUUUGUGCGAUUAUUCUGUUAAUCUGUCUGCAGUUUGAUAUCAUUGCCUAUCGGCUGAAGAACGCAACGAACGACUACCGAGAGCUGGUUAGCUGCAUUGAACUGCACCAGGCGGUCGUUAAUCUGAGUGACGAACUGGAGAGUAUCUUCGCUCCUUCGCUGCUGGUUAAUUUCGUCGGAAGCUCCGUCAUUAUUUGCCUGGUAGGGUUUCAGGCCACGUCAGAGAUUAGUGCGUUCGAUUUGUUCAAGUUUAUCCUGUUUUUAAUCUCUUCGUUGGUGCAAGUUUUUCUGCUGUGCUACUACGGAAAUAAGCUGAUCGAGGCGAGCUCCCAGAUUGCAUAUAGCGCCUUCGAAGGAAACUGGUACAAGGCGGACGCGCGUUAUCAGAAAUCGCUGCUCUUUGUAGUAACUCGUGCAGGGAAGUGGCAGAAGCUAACGGCAAUGAAAUUUUCCGUUGUUUCCCUUGCCAGCUACAGUGCGAUCUUAAGCACCUCUUUCUCCUAUUUCACAUUACUAAAAACCAUUUACGGACCGAAAUAAUGACCUAACUAGCUACUCAACAACACUGCAAUAAUCAUAAAAUCUAAAUAUGUAGUUCAUUUAUCUAACAAAUCAGUAUAUAGAGUACAAGCAAUUGAAUACAUUGUAUAACAUAAUCUCCCACGGCACCAUUCCGAUCGAUUUAUUGAUUUGAGAAUGAUUACCAAGCAUCUUGCGCACCGGCUGAACAACAAAAAACCUCCAUCGCCGGAGGAUAGUGCGGUUAUCGGUACCGUGAAUCAGCAAAAUUCUCACGUUCCCGUCUUGAAGGCAAAGCCCAACCCAAGGCUCCCGCUUUACUGUCGGACGGGCAGGUUUACGCGGCGGAGCAAUCAACUCGUACACACAUGCGCAGGCUUAAGCACAGCUUCCUUCCACCCAAGCAGCGGAUAACUAUUUUUAGCCCCACUUGUCAUAAUUUCAAAGAGCAUCCCUUCUCGAAACUCCGAACUAUACGGUAAUGGUUUUUUACACACAACCGAACAGAAGAGGUACUUCGGCAGAAAAAGGAUCCCUUCAUCAUAAUGAUGCGGUUCGGCAUUGCCGCAUCGCAACCUCGCCGAACAACUCGCACAGCAAAGUCAAUUCUUUGAUAUAAUUAAUACGGUGUGCUCUACACUUUUGUAGUACUCGUAACCGUGCACCGCUAUUAACUAGACUGAGAGUCUACAGCUGUCAGCUUCCGGUCGGGAGGUGAAAGGAUACCUCCCGGUAUGGGUAUAGCUAUGCUUUCAAUGAUAAGAGGUUGGUCACACAACGGCAAUGACGUAAAAUCCGGUUCGAAAGUACGGCUGUAAAUAUCGCUGGCCGGGUGAGAAAGUCGAAAAACACAGAGUGGAAGUUGUGUGUUUUCUACUUGUUGGAGAUAAUUUAUUCAUUGGCUGAGUCAAACUUUUCUAAUUUUAAGCCAUUUGUUGAUAACAUUCGCAUUCAGAAAUGUGUGUAAAAUAUAGCGUU